AUGGUGGGCAGCAUCCUGAUGGUGCUGGUCAUCCCUGGUGACAUGAAGACCGCCACCGUCUCCGACCUGCUCAUCCUCCUGGGGCUGCCCUUCGACCUCUGGUACUCCCAGCCCUGGAUUUUCGGGCAGCUGCUGUGCCGCCUUCCCCCCCACCACCACCUCAGUGAGGGCUGCACCUACUGCCCCACCCUCGCCAUGGACUCUGGCACCGUGUUCUGGGUCACCACCACCUCCUACUUCAUCCUGCCCAUCAUCUGCCUCAACAUCCUCUAUGGCUUCAUCGGACAGGAGCUGUGGCGGAGCAACGCCUGCCUGCAGGGCCCCAAAGCAGUCCUCCAGGAGAAGGGGCACUGCCAGACCUUCAAGAUCUUGGCUGUGGUGGCUCUGGCCUUUGUAAUUUGCUGGUUGCUUUUCCCCACUGGCAGGAUCGUAUUUACAAACACCCAGGACACCAGGAUGAUGCUGUUCUCCCAGUAGUUUAAUAUAUUCACUCUGCAGCUUUUCUACCUAAGUGCAUCCAUCAACCCUAUCCUCUACAACCUUAUCUCAAGGAAGUACAGGGCAGCAGCCUACAAGCUGCUGUUGCCAUGCCGAGCUGCAGAAAGGGCUUUCAUGGUAACAAAAGAUGCUGGUGGCUACAGGGAGACCAGUGCUAGCACAAGAAACGAGUUUACCACCAGCUUCCGAGACUGA